UCAUCUUCAUCUCACUCUUCUAUAGUCCAACCCUCCACUAAGCUCGUUCCUCCUCCCUCUUUCAGCCCUCAAUUUUGGCCCACAUAGCUUGAGCUUCUGUUUAUUUUCUAAGCAGCUUUUUGCAAAAAGUGGUUCCUUUGGACCUCCGAUGGCCACGGUCGAGGUUGUGUCAGCACAAGCUGCUCUUGUGGAGGACAAGCCUGAAGAGCUGAUCAAGACUCAUGUCCAUCAAGAGGAAGCGGAGGUGGCUGCACCAAAAGAAGACCCCAAGAAAGAAGAAGAUCAAGAAGAGCCAGCCGAGACCGAGACCGUGACCGUAACCGAGAGUCCCGAGGCCAAACAACAAGAUGGUGUCCUCAAAACAACUGAAGGAAAGCAGACCGAAUCGAAAGAAGAAAAAGAAGUCGAGGCGCCAAAGGAGACCUCCAAGGUGGCACCGGAGCCGGCAGAGAACGAGGAGGAAGGAGCAGCAGAAGCCGACCCGAAAUCAGCGGAACCCGAGGCAGUCGUGGCCGGCAAGGCGGAGACUGAAGAGACGGCCGUGGCCGAACCGGACCCGGACUCCGCCGUGGAGGCUCCGAAAGAGGAUGAUGUCAAAGGGGAAGUAGAGGAGGGAGAGAAGGGAGCUACUGCAGAAGAAGUUGAAGAGAAGAAGACUACAGAGGAGUGAUGUGUCUCUGGAAGUCAGUCAGCAAGUGAGUGAGGGAGUGAGCAAGUUCUUGUCUGUGUAUGAAGUGUUGGGUUGCUGGGGGGGUUUGUUUCAGUGACUUGGUCCUAGGAUCUAAUAAAGCAAAUUUACUGGUUCAACGAUGUUUCUGUUAUUGUAAGAAUUCUAUCUAGUAUCUCUUUGUGGAUUGGCCGUGUCACUUGGCAGAUCCCAAGAGGAGUUCAUGAUUCCUGGUCUUGGGAUUUUGCUCUUUGGCCUUUUACAUAAAGAAUAAAUGCAACUUCUAUCGAGUCUG